AACAAUGAGGCUCUCUGCAGUAAAGAAAAGUUUACCUACCUGAAAACUUACCUCACUGGAACGGCUGCAAAGGCAGUAGCAGGGCUCACACUGACAGACAGUAACUAUAAUGCUGCAGUUGAUAUACUUCAAAGCAGAUUCGGAAGGAAGGAUCUUAUUGUAAAUGCCCACAUGUCAAAGCUUUUGAAUCUCACUCCUGUAAAGAAGUCAUCCGAUGUCAGUGCGCUGAGGCAGUUAUAUGAUGACUGUGAAAUUCAAAUCAGAAGCCUAGAGUCACUGGGAGUAGUAUCAGACACGUAUGGAGGCAUGUUAUGUCCAAUAAUCCUCCAAAUGCUGCCAGAGGACAUGGCUCUUGAAUACAGCCGACAGAGAGGAGAACAGGAUGAGUGGAAGGUGCCAGAUGUGCUAAAGUUUCUGCAGAGAGAGGUAAACAGCCGAGAGAGAGCUUUACAAAUGACCAGAUCAUACAACCAGAGAGAGAAUCAGUCUGCUCACAAAACAUGCAGCAAAUCAUAUUCAACCUGUGAUGUGAAACUAAGGAAACCAAGCAUGACAUCUGCAGCUACACUACACGCUGCCAAUGAGAAGACACAAAACUGCCUGUUCUGUGAGCGUGCUGAACACAAAUCUGAAAGCUGCCCAGACCACCAGGUGGCAGCACGUAAAGAAAGGCUGAAGAAACUUGGCAGGUGUUUUAUCUGUUUGGGACCCAAACACAUUGCAAGGUUCUGCAGGUUAAAGGGCAUGUCAUGUGCCACAUGUGGAGGCAGGCAUCAUGUGGCCAUCUGUGAGAAAAAUGAGGCUUCCACGCCUGUUGUUUCUGCCAACAUGGACACUGUCAUUUCCUCUGUAAUUCCCCAAACAAAAAGGGGCAAAACUGAAACUGAGAACACUGUGCUGCUACAAACCGCCAAGGCAUGGGUGGUAGGUCCCACAAGCAGGAAGAUUGUUCGCUGCUUGCUGGAUGGAGGCAGCCAGGGAAGCUUUGUGCAUGAAAAUGUGGUGAGGGCGCUGCAGCUACCUAUUACCAGACAAGGGACGCUUACCCUCCACACAUUUGGCUCCUCUGCUCCCACAACGGUGAAGCGUAACAUAGUGAAGCUCAGCUUGGAAAAUGUUUGGGAUGGACAGCAAAGAAUUGAAAUAGAAGCAGUUGUGACCCCCAAUGUGUGUACAGCAUUGAUGAAAGUUCCUGGUGAACACAUUCAGAACGAAAUGAGAAGAAAAGGGCUUCAACUCGCAGACUUCGCUGGUGGAGGUGAUGAAACUGAACUUUCUGUGCUAAUUGGCUCAGAUUACUACUGGCAGAUCGUAUCAGGCCGAGUAGAAAGACUGACAGAGAGCCUGGUGGCGCUUGAGAGCACCUUUGGAUGGGCAGUACAGGGCCCAGUGGCCAUGUCCAGCAUAACAGAGACAACAUGCAUGCAUAUUCAGCUCAGCAAGGAUGCACAGAUGGACAAACAGCUGCAUGCAUUUUGGGAGCUUGAGUCCCUGGGUAUCACAAGCGAGAAAUCUGAGAAUCCAGAUGAUGUGGAAGCAUUGCAGCGGUUUGAAGAAACCUCCAUCUUUAAGGAUGGGCGUUAUCAAGUGGAGUUGCCAUGGCGACAGACUCAUCCUCCACUUCAAGACAAUUACCGCAUUGCAAAAAGGCGUCUUGAGAGUUUGAAAAGGAAACUACAAAGGGAUGUUACGCUCUACAGCAGAUACAAUGAUGUGGUGGAGGACUACUUAACACAAGGAAUGGCUGAAGAUGUCCCUAAGGAGUGUACACCACCACCAAGCAGUCGGAUUUACUACUUACCCCACCAUGCUGUACUGAGGGAGGAUAAGGUGACAACGAAAUUGCGAGUUGUCUUUGAUGCUUCAUCCCACGAAGAUGGCAGUCCCUCACUAAAUGACUGUCUCUUAACAGGUCCCAAUUUGAAUCCAGAUCUGAUGAGUGUUUUGAUCAAGUUUAGACUGCAUGAAAUUGCAUACAUGGCAGACAUUAAGAAGGCAUUUUUACAGAUUUCACUCUCAGAAGUAGACAGGGACUCUGUAAGAUUUCUGUGGUUCACAGGCCCACCAACGGAGGAUAAUCUGCGUGUCCUCAGGAUGACAAGAGUGGUGUUUGGAGCUUCAUCCAGCCCAUUUUUACUGGCUGCCACCAUUAGGAAGCACCUGAGACAAUAUGAGGGUAAACACCCAGAAGUGAUAGACAUUGUCCGUUCCUCACUUUAUGUGGAUGACUUUAUCUCAAGUGCAAAGGAGGUGGCAGAAGCUCAGGCAGUGACAACAACAGUCAAAAAUAUUAUGUCUGCGGCAGGCAUGGAGCUGUGUAAAUGGAUGACGAACUCUCCUGAGCUUAGAGAAAAAUGGCAGGAGAUCUCGUUGGAUUGCACUGCACAGCCAGAAACACACGGGUCGGUCCUGAAGGUUCUAGGCCUGGUGUGGAGACCUGCCACUGAUGAUUUUGUGUUCGACCUCAGAGGGCUGCUUGACAUUCUGAAGGAUAAAAUGUUUAUUCCAAGAGAUGUGGGAGAGGGGACUCAGAUGGGAUGAGGAGCUGCCGCCCGAUUUGACUAAGAAGUGGCAACAGUGGUGUUCGGAGCUCCCCCAACUGCACCAGCUGUCAAUCCCACGUUGGUAUAGAACACACACACAACAGCCAAAUGGUCAGGAUCUAAAGCUGCAUGUGUU